CCUUAAUCCACCCAAGGAGCUCAACAACGUCUGUCAGACAAAACGAAAUCUUGCAAGCUCCAACCUUUUUCUAUAAAUCCCUUGUGCUCAUCUGUGAUAUCGAUUUGGUUACUCCUAAUCCCGCGCUGUACCUCACUCGGGAAUCUACGAAAUCUAGAAAACAACAGCGUGCGACUGGCCACAUCAAAAGUUAUUUUGUCUCUUGGAAGCUUCCUCCCUUUUAACUUUCUCUCCAAGCAUGCACGAACGAUAGAUCUUAAUUAAUGCACCCUUUCUCAGUCCUCGCGCUUGGCAUAUUCGUAGCAGGCUACAUCACUGCGCGGUGGGAUUUAGUCACCCGGCUGUACGAGUUGGCCAUAUUUGCCUGGGAUCACGGUGUGGUUACCCGCACGGCGAAGGGCUUUGCUGUCCUUUCCAUCUUUUAUUUCCUUGUCAUCAUCCCAAUCAAUUUGAUUGUGGCGCGAGAGAUCAAUUCGCAUCCUCGUGCUGUAAGCCACGGAAUAUCGGCGCGGGAACAAUUACGGCGCCGUGGCUCGUUCUAAAGACUGGAGAAUGAUAAGAUGCUGAGUGAUGGUUUGCUGCGAGUGUUUUGGCCAAAUGACAUUCCAAAGUCCACCUCGCCCGGUGUGAUCGUGGGUUGGAGGAACUCUGAAUUUGAUCUUUUCGUGCUCACAGUCUUCGAGCAUGUGGAACCACGGAAUGUCGACAACGCGCUGCGAACUGGCAUCCUGUUCCGCAAUAGCCCCCAUCCGAUAUCUCGGAUAAUGGCCCUUUGCGGGAAGCAUGCAAUGCAUGUUUUGGGCUCGACAAAUCCUACCGAGCUACCAACGGCAUUUACUCCGUCCCAUCUAUAUAUUACAUGGAACCCUUCUUCUAAAGUGCCCCGGAUCUUUUGCCCACCUGAGACCAAGCUUUCUAUCCAGAUUAUCACGUUUAACCGUCCACAUCCCACGCGCAUGCAAUAUAUGUCCUUACGACCUAUAUCUUUAAUUUUGGAAGACAAACCAUCGAAUUUGGAAAAUACGGGAGAAAUCUUGGACGAUUUUGAUCAAGCAGAAGUUAAGGCAAAGGCGCAAACUCGAAAACUUGUCAACAAGUUGAAAUUACAUACUGUGGUUAGGCAUGUUCCUUCACCAAAGGAACAGAUCCUCCCGGCAAUUAUCAACCAGGUUAACUGCUCUUUCGAAAUGGAGAAACUGCUUGUUAAAAACGUGGGCUUGAUCGGAGCGCGACCGAAGCGCAGCCUAAGCGUCAGUGAACGCGUGGUUGAGUCUGCUAGCUCGGCAUGGGACUUUCUCUACAUGACUUUGUCAUACAUAUUUCUAGAGUGGAUUUAUCCGGUCAUAACGCAAGGGUUUAUCGCGGUGCUUAUCAGCCAUCGAGUAAUAGCAGAGGUUGUAUUGGGUGUGCUGGAGUGGCGAGCUCGCCCAGACGCAGCUGCACUGAAGGACAUAUCUGCGACAGCUCAGCAGAUUGACAUACGACUGCAGCAAUUUUGUUACUGGCCGAUCCAAUAUCUGACAUUGCGCAAGCGGAAAGACGACUGGGAAAGUGUGACGAACAGCCACGCAGACUAUAUAAGGUUCUACAACAGCCUUUGGUUAGUGGCUAAUGAUGUGAUCAUUGGCAUUGCUCUUGGGUCAUACAUCAUAGAUAAUGCCGACUGGGUAGCGUCGCAAAUCAACUCGAUUCUCACUUGGUGGACCGUUGAGGGUUUGCAGCGGACAAUAUCUUGGCUCAUGGGCUGGCCUGCAGGUUUGAAGCUAAAUAAUGAGCUUGCUGUUUUCAUGGGAGAUUUGUUUUUAUGGGUUAUAGAACAUUGGGCUAGUGCACUCGCAAACCUUCGACCGUUUCUCCGUCAUGUAAUCUAUAUGAUUGGUUGCUCUGGAUUUGCCGGGGCGAGCAUGUCCAUGGCGAUGUUCUCGGACCUGUUGUCGAUAUUAACGGUCCAUAUCUAUUCAUUCUACAUCGCGUCUGCCCGCAUUUUUAAUUGGCAACUCACUAUCAUCAUAUCCCUCUUCCACCUUUUCCGCGGCAAAAAAAGAAAUGUUCUUCGUAACCGGAUAGACUCAUGCGACUAUGACCUCGAUCAACUGCUCUUGGGCACGAUUUUGUUCACGCUUCUCUUUUUCCUCCUACCCACAAUAAUUGUAUUUUAUCUUACCUUUGCUUCUGCCCGUAUGAUUAUAAUAUCCCUCAAGGCAGCUCUGGAUACUUGCCUUGCUUUUUUGAACCAUUUCCCGCUUUUCGCGGUGAUGCUGCGCGUGAAAGACCCCGGGCGUUUACCAGGUGGUAUUCAUUUCUCACUCAGGAAAGCCCCUUUGCCAAACCCUACCUCUAAGGCAGAAGAAAUACUUUCAACCUCUACCUCGUACAUCCACCUCCAGCCCAUCCCCCUUUCCCUCCGCCAAAUGUUCGACCAAUAUUUCCAGCUCGGUCACCGUCUCCGCAAGCACUACCUCUCACCCAGCGUCAUCCUCUGCCUUGUGACGGGUCGCUUCGUGCCACCAAUACACCGACGUAACAUGUACAGCCUGCAGUAUAGCAUGCUCCCCGCGCAGCGCGUCGGGAUCGUAGAGGUAUGGUCGCGUUUGACGGAGAAAAAGACCCGGACGGCAAAUGUGAUGGCGCCCAUGCCGAAGAUCCCGAAUGGAUUUCCGUAUGACAGGAGAAGGGCAUAUCGGUCGUAAUUGAUAGUGGAACGGGAAAACAGCUAGAGUAGGUCACGAUUACUUGUCUACCUCCCUCGAUGCUACUAGUCGUUUAAGCGAGAAAACCGUCUAAGGCCGACGUAUAUGAGCGUGUUCUGGACGAUUAUUUUAUUCAAUAAAAUAUUUAGCCUAUCAAUAAUUCAAUAUUCUAUUUAUAUAAUGA